AUGAAUUCUUGCAAACAUAAACAAAAGUACGAUACAAUUGACGAGGGUAAGGACGAAUCUUUCUUCGAUUUCGAUAAGCAGAGGAUUUUCGACACGUACUCAUUGAUCGUUUCUGGGCUGUCUGGAAGCACAGAAGUUGCUCAAAGCCAGGUCUCAGUUGGAAUGGGACUUUUAGCGGGGUCAACGGUUAUGCUACUCACCGUGAUCUGGGGUACCUGUGUUAUAGUUGGGAAGUGCGAUAUUGAAAAUAAUACUGCAAUAGAUUCUCGAGACACGAAAGGCUUCAGUUUUAGUGGUUCUGGCAUUACUACUGAUAUCUGGACGAGCUAUGCGGGUAUUAUUAUGGCUGUAUCUGUGAUUCCCUUCAUAAUUGUCCAGCUACCACAAAUCUUGCACAUAAACUCAGGAAGGCACUUGACUGUUUUGAUUGGCCUAUUUGCGUCUGCUUUGCUUUUGGUAUCUUAUUGUCUGUACCAGAUCUUCCAGCCCUGGGUUCAAAGAAGGCGACUCGCUUAUGCAAAGCACAAGCACGUCAUAUCAGGAAUCUUGAAGCAUUUAAAAAUGCAUGCCCUUGGCAAACUCGCCACGGAAGAUGGGAGGCCCAAUGUUGAAGUCUUGACAAAGUUGUUUAAAGCGAUUGACGAAAAUGACGAUGGAUAUCUUUCAUACUCGGAACUAAGAGCUCUGAUUGUGGGAAUUCAGUUUAACGAGAUCAACUUGGAUGAGGAUGACGCUGUGGAGAAAGUGAUGAGGGAUUUUGACAACAGCCGCGACUCAAAAGUCGAUCUGCGGGAAUUUAUUAAUGGAAUCGGGAGAUGGCUUGAGGAGGCCAAGCGUGGCAGAGGUUCUCACAGUGGUCACUCCAUGAAGUACAUUGACGAAUAUCAUCAGCAAACAAAGAGAGAGCACGAUCUUCUCGGAGACCAAAGUGAUGAAAUUGUUGAGAGUGUCGAGAAUCCUCAGUGGACUACAGUAAAGGCCGUGCUUUUGUUGCUGCUCGGAACUCUCAUUGCAGCUGCAUUUGCAGAUCCUCUGGUUGAUGCUGUCGAUAAUUUCUCAAACGCCACAAGUAUCCCUACUUUCUUCAUUUCUUUCAUUUUUCUACCGUUAGCUACAAACUCGAGCGAGGCAGUGUCUGCCAUCAUUUUUGCCAGCCGGAAAAAGCAGAGAUCCGCCUCACUGACAUUUUCGGAGCUUUACGGGGCCGUGACCAUGAACAAUGUGCUCUGCCUCUCGGUCUUUUUAGCUCUCGUUUAUGUGAGGGGUUUGAUGUGGGACUUCUCGUCUGAGGUGCUUGUCAUCCUCAUCGUUUGUGUUGUGAUGGGUGUAUUUGCCAGCAUCCGCACGACUUUCCCACUCUGGACCGCUUUGCUGGCUUUCUUGCUUUACCCAUUCUCGCUGGCGCUCGUGUAUGUACUCGACUAUGUCUUUGGCUGGUCAUAA